CAAAAGAACACCCAUUACUCCAUUAGUGUAAUUUAACUAUGUCUACAAGUAAUCUUUAAUCCACUCAUUCCUCAUUUCCGCGCUCCCUCUCAUCAUCAAAUCACUUUUCCCAGACACCGACGUCUUCCUCUCCGGCCAACUUCUCUCUCGUCCAAAUUCCCAAUUCUCUCCCUCUUUCUCCCUCCAUUAAUCUUCAUUUCUCUACUUCCCCCUUCUUUCAUAAACCCUAGAUCUAAAAUUUCUUUUGGCCCAAACCCAAAAGAAGAUGUGCACGGGCUAUCUCGCCCACCCAAUUUCCAGAUCCAUUUAUCUUCUCAAAUCGGGUCGACACCGGUUGAUCUGCCGUGCCCAACUUUCACCAUGUUUCAAAUGUUGAAUCUGUGUUUGUACUAGUGAUUUGUGUGAUUCAAGUGUAAAUUGUACUCUUGUUGUUUUUUCUCUUUUCCCUUUGUUGUAAGUGUAAUUUGGUGUAAUUAUCUUAUAUCAUAUCUCAAAUUAUUGAAAAAAAAAUGGAUGGUGUUUCGGGUCCGAGCACGCAAGCGCAACCGUCUUCAUUGGACAAAUCAAGGGUUUUAGAUGUGAAACCUUUGAGAACUUUGGUACCCAUGUUUCCAAACCCACCCCAAGCUCCCCCUUUUGUUUGUUCAUCUCCAUUUGGUCCAUUCCCAUCUGGGUUCACUCCCUUUUACCCCUUUAGCAUGGGCCCGCCCGGUUCCGAGGCCCGACACGGAGAGGGUUCGGGUGCCGGUACCGGUACUGGUGCGGGUGCUUAUUCAACUCCUGCUGCUGCUGUACCUCUGCGUUCCUUUGGGACGCCUCAAAUGGGUACACAUUUCUCGAAUGGAGGCGGAGGCGGUGGCGAUACCGAGUCUUCGAUGGACAUUAAUUUCGGAGAGGGUGGUGGGGGAAGUACCGUCUCUGGGAGGAAGAAACGGGCAGCGACACGCAGUCAGCCGGAUGCCGCGGCGAAGAGGAAGGAAAGGAAGGCUGCGAAUGCUGCUGCUUCAGGGGAAGCAAGGAAACCGAAUUUGGCGAAUGUGGUUGGAUUGCCUCAACCACAAAGGGAAGAUGGUAGUAGGGAAGUUGUUAAUUUUGUUAUAAUGAAGUUUGAUGGGGUUCGGAGGCGGUUAAGCCAGCUGGAGGACUCGAAGGAAGCGUCAACCGGGUUGAUCAAGCGUGCUGAUUUGAAAGCAGGUAACAUUUUGAUGACUGCUGGGUUUAGGACUAAUAGUAAGAAGAGAAUAGGUGCAGUUCCUGGUGUUGAGAUUGGUGAUAUAUUCUUUUUUCGAAUGGAGAUGUGUGUUUUAGGGUUGCAUGCACCUUCUAUGGCUGGAAUUGAUUAUAUGACUGUUAAAACUGAUAUGGAAGAUGAGCCACUUGCUGUUAGUAUUGUGUCUUCAGGUGGGUACGAUGACGACGCUGAGGAUCAAGAUGUUCUUGUUUAUACUGGACAAGGUGGUGGAAAUUAUAGUAAUAGUGGUAAACAAGCCUCUGAUCAGAAGCUUGAGAGGGGAAAUCUUGCUUUAGAGAAGAGUGCUCGCCGUGGGAAUCAGAUUAGGGUUAUUAGGGGUAUAAGAGAUACCUCGAAUCCGUCACUUAAAAUUUAUGUUUAUGAUGGACUUUAUACUAUUCAGGAUUCAUGGAUUGAUAAGGCCAAAUCUGGUGCCAAUCUUUUCAAGUAUAGGAUGGUUAGGUUAGCUGGCCAAUCUCCAGCUUUUGGAGUUUGGCAAUCUAUUUUGAAAUGGAAAGAAAGUGUCUCAUCGAGGCCGGGACUCAUUCUUCCUGACCUUACUUCAGGUGCUGAAAGUCUUCCUGUUUCCCUUGUUAAUGAUUUCGAUAGCGAAAAGGGGCCUCCUUACUUUACCUAUCUACGCUCUGUUAAGUAUACAAAGUCACUCAACUUGUCUGAGCCAACCUAUGGGUGUAAUUGCCAUAGUGCUUGUGCUGCUGGUGAUCUUAACUGCUCUUGUAUUCGCAAGAAUGGAGGGGAUUUCCCUUAUACUACAAAUGGUGUCUUUGUGAGUAGGAAACCACUUGUAUAUGAAUGUGGACCUUCAUGUCCGUGCUUUCCUAAUUGCAAGAAUAGAGUGUCACAGAGUGGUCUAAAGGUGCGAUUGGAAGUUUUUAAGACUAAGGAUAAGGGUUGGGGCUUGCGCUCUUGGGAUGCCAUUCGAUCUGGGAUUUUCAUUUGUGAAUUUGCUGGUGAAGUGAUAGACAAAGCCAAAUAUGAUAGAGAUGAAAGUAGUGAUAGUAGUGAUUAUGUCUUUGAUACUAGUCGUGCUUAUGAUAAAUCCUUCAAAUGGAACUAUGAUCCUCCAUUGGUGGGUGAGGAAGUUGCUGCUGGGGGUGAAUGGAAUGAGGAUUAUGACAUCCCUACUCCAUUGGUAAUUAGUGCCAAAGAUUCUGGGAACGUGGCUCGCUUUAUGAACCAUAGUUGUUCCCCUACUGUUUUCUGGCAACCUAUUGUGUAUGAGAAUAAUGGUGAAUCCCUUAUUCAUAUUGCUUUCUUUGCGAUGCGACACAUUCCUCCCAUGACUGAGCUCACUUAUGAUUAUGGUAUAUCCCAGUCAGAAAGUAGGAGGAAGCGGUGCUUAUGUGGUUCACCGAAAUGCAAGGGUUAUUUCGGUUGACACCUCUGAUGUGUUGAUUGCAGCUUAUCUUUUCAUGGAAGCAGCGUGCUCAUUGGGAUUCAAGUUCCUUAAUCAUCUACAUCAGUGAAGGAUCUGUCUGUGGGUACAUGAAAUUAAUUGUCUUAUUUUGUCAUUUCCAAACGAAUAGCGCAGCAGAUGUUUCCAAUGUGCUUCCUGACUUCUAAUUUCUCUCUAGUGAACUGUAGUUCAGUCUGUUAGUAUUCUAGCUCUGGAAGCUUUUAUGCUCAAGAUAUAUUGUGAUGUUACAAUGUUAGUUUACAUGUAAUGUAGCAAUAGUUUGUUGGUUCCUGUAGCCCAUAUCUUGGUAACAAGUGGCUUUUGGAGUUGGCCCAUACUCGGCCAUGUAAGUUAUAUAUUAGAUGUUUAGAUGAAUUUCUUCUGGGAUUUUAUGAUAUGUAGUGUCUUAGUUGAUUCAA